GGGGAGAGGGGUGGCCGGGAGGGUCGGUGGAGGCCGAGAGGACUCUGCGGGGACCCAACUGCAGCACGCGCUCGGGCAUGGCCCAGCUGUCGGUGGUCCCCGGGUCAGCCACGGCGUGGACAGGGCUCCUGACCGAGGGCAGCCGCAAGGAGACCGACAUGAGGGAGGCGGCGCCGCUGCGGCAGCAACGCCGGAUGAAGCAGGCGGUGCAGUUCAUCCACAAGGACUCGGCUGACCUGCUGCCGCUGGACGGCCUCAAAAAGCUGGGGUCGUCUAAGGACACGCAACCUCACAACAUUCUGCAGAGGCGCCUCAUGGAGACCAAUCUGUCUAAGCUCCGAAGCAGUCGUAUCCCUUGGGCCUCCAAGACCAACAAGUUCAGUCAAGCUAAGGCCGAGGAGCUCAAGAAGGCUCAGGGGCUAAAGAAAUCUGAGGACGAUGACAUGAUUUUGGUCUCUUGCCAGUGUGCUGGAAAGGAUGUGAAAGCCUUGGUGGACACAGGCUGUCAAUAUAAUCUCAUCUCCUCAGCCUGCGUGGACAGAUUGGGACUCAAGGAACAUGUCCGAUCUCACAAGCAUGAAGGAGAAAAGCUUUCUCUUCCCCGGCAUCUCAAAGUAGUGGGCCACAUUGAGCACCUGGUAAUCACACUAGGCUCCCUCCGCCUUGACUGCCCAGCAGCUGUGGUUGAGGACAAUGAAAAAAACCUGUCCCUUGGGCUCCAAACUCUCCGAUCGCUGAAGUGCAUCAUAAACUUGGAUAAUCAUCGGCUGAUCAUGGGGAAGACAGACAAAGAAGAAAUCCCUUUUGUGGAGACAGUUACUUUGAAUGAAGACAACACUUCAGAGGCAUAACUGCAGCCUGUAGUGUGUCUACGUUUGUGCAUAUGUACCAGGUUGACUGAGAAAACUGGGUUCGAACCAAAUGCAGUAGCAACUUGCUGUGGACCAAGUUCCUCCCUCAAAUAGAAGCGCCAGGGGUUCCUUUCCACCCAGACCUCUCUAGUCUAUAGUCUGUGCUUAGAGAACUUGUCUGGUUAAAGCCAUUAUUUUCUACUCCUUGGAUCACUUAAUUUAUUAGAACUAUAGACCUUUUUUUUUGACACUGCCAGGUCUUACUUGUGGCCUAUUUCUUGCUUCUUUCGGGAGUUCGCUUUUAUUAGUCAAAUAUAGGACUUACCUGUUUCUAUUUCACUGUAGAUACACCUGGUUCUUUUCCUGUAGUUAAAUUGUAUAAUAAACAGGAACCUGACCUUUACCUCCUUUCAGCUAUUUGAAAGAGGUACUUGAUAUCUGUGUCUUGGCAUUUAAAUAUCUUUGCAUUAUUCUGCUGAUUGCUCCAGUAUGAAUGAAUCUGAAAGAGCCCAGAGUGGUCAACCAGCCCAGCUCUUCCAUUUAAAGGCCCAUAAAAGCAAACUAAUUGUCCAAGCUUAUAUGUUGCAUCUGUGGCAGAGAGACCUAGAACUCAGACCUGACUUCCAAGUCAAGGUUCCUAUGUUGCAUCAUAUCUCCAAGCUGAAACUAUG